UCCUGUUAUACCAAAACAAGAAAUAACUCGUGAGUAGUGUGUGUAUGGAUGCCUUGGGCGUACCUUUACUGUCUUAAUUGGUCAGAAUUUUCGAGUUAAACUCGCUGAAGAUGGACAAAAUAGAAAGCGUGAUACAAGACACGCUCAAGGGUCAGGCUAUAAACGACGAUGCAGCUGCUAUCAUCGACUACAGCCUCGCCGACCAAGUUGAAGAGCUUGGUGAGUUGGGAAUAGAGUCGGCCGUGCUACCCGACUACAAACCAGUUGUCAAGAAAUCGGUGACUUACAUCGUCGCCGCAGUCGCCAUCAAUGAAAAAGGCGAGGUACUUAUGAUGCAGGAAGCGAAAAGUUCUUGCGCAGGCACGUGGUACCUGCCUGCUGGACGAAUGGAGCCUGGAGAAAAUAUCAUUGAGGCUGCCCAGCGAGAAGUGAUGGAAGAAACUGGCCUUGAUUUCGAUCCUUCGACACUUCUGAUGGUCGAGACUGCACAAGGCCAAUGGUACAGAUUUGUUUUCAUUGGCACGGUAGUCGGGGGCGAGCUGAAGACUGUGUCAAAGGCAGACUCUGAGUCACUGCAGGCAGCCUGGGUUGGGGAUGUGGAACAGCUAAGCCUGCGCUGCAGGGAUAUCUUGCCUGUUAUUGAACGUGCCCGCCUUUACCACAGCACACAAUCCAGCCAGCCAUGGCAUCCACCUAUCAUGCCAGCCCUGAGGCCACAUUCAAAGCUCUGCCUGCGCCUGGUCACCAUCAUUCGCAAGAAGGCCAACAACCUGCUCCAUGUGCUCGUGUCUGAGAAGGGUGUUGCUCAUUUGCCUACCUGUGAAAUCAAUCCAUCUCGGAGUAUUCACACUGCACUCAAACGGUUCAUCCAGAACAUGUUCAGCUCAGAGCCACCACCUCACAAGCCACUUGGUGUGCUCUCCGUGGAGCACAACGGAACUGGAGGAGAACACGACGGCAUGUGCCUCUGCGUGCUAGUGUCGUGCAAGGCUUCCGUCGAGGAGGUGGCUCUGACACCCGGAUACACCUGGCUCGAAGUGAGCUCGCCACUCUCUGAGAAACUGCUUGCGCGCACGGGCCGCAACAUGACAGUACAUCUGAAGGUGCAAUGAAGGCAUGCACAGACAGUGGCGAGGUUUACUCGACAUGGAAAACUAGCACACCUGUAAUUUUCACACUCUUUCGGCUUCCUGCUUUGUUUCUGAGCCUGCCAUUUGCUCGAGCUGUGUUUUCACAUCUGCAUGAAGAACUGGAGAAACUGCACUGGUAGCUGCUGGAUCGUGCAUUGCCUGCCUGAACUUAACACCCUCCAGCAUAUUUAUCUUGUUAGUUAUUCAAGUUUUUCCCUAAAGUAUUGCUUAUCAGGGAAGCCAUAAAUGUGGAUUUUUUGUGGUUUCCAGUGCCGGGGAAUGUGGAAACUCAUAUAAUUGAUCUUAAUGGUGUAGGUGGAUGCCGGUAAUUACAGAUUUUUCACUCUUCCAUUGUACAACUAACCUCAUGUUGUCCUGGAACAAACCAUUUUUUCCUUGUUAUGGUAUGUUGAAUGGUCUAGGCCAUACUAAUUGUUCACACCAUGUGAUGCAUAACCCAGUGAAGACACGGAGUAUAUUUACAUCAUGUCUGCUGUUGUAUCUUACUGUUGCUCUUUUGCUUCUUUGUUGGAGUGGCAAGUAUGGGGGCCCGUGUUGGGAGACUGCAUGCUGAGCUGACCCCGGUGACAUUUCCGUACUAAUGUAAACCUUCUUUUCGUGUCGCAUAAUCUAGCGUGAGCUUGUUUUAUGUUUAUCUCGGACAUGUGCCUAUCAUGGCAGGAACACAUGUAUGCAUUUACAAGGGUAUCUGAGAAAGGGGAGGUAUUUUGUUGCUUCCUGCGCACUGCAUUACCGAUACUUUUAAGUAGAGAGGCAUUACUCAGACUAACCAUCAUUACCUCACGUAUCCUUGACUCCUUGUGGUUGCAACAGGAAGAGGCUGCUCCUCUAUGCAUUUACUUGAGUGGCACGUAGAGAAUCUCAUUAAGCAUAACCUGUUUUCCCAUUUCACUGGACAUGCUAAACUUUCUAUUCAGUUGUGAUAAGUUGUCUGUGUUGCUAUAUUUAAGUUACACAUGAAACAGCAUAUUUUGUGCUGACGCAUUCUUCAUUAUUGCCUUGGAACUCUUUGGGAGCAGGGGAUGUAGGUGAGCUUGCUUUUAUGUAUUAGCGAUUUGGGUUAUAAAUUUGAGGGUGUAGCUCUUAGGUGAAAUGUUCAGUCUGCAGAUGCAGUCAGCUACUUUCGUAUGUGUGUGUCUGAUCAUGGUUAACCAGUAUAGCAGCCAUUAUUCCUCAGCUCGCUGACUCACAAGUUUAGUUGUUUAAUUUAUUAUGGUAACUCUGUGAUGGUAUAGAAAAGAAAGGAAAAAAGAAAUAGCAUUCCAGUAUGUUGCUAACGUCGUUGCUCUGAUAUUGUUUUUUGCUUUAGCUAUUAGGAUAGAGUACACAACAAUGAAUGUUCAUUUCUAAGUGAUGAAACUAUGUUGAGACAUAUUUUCUUUAAUAAUCGAACUGUAAAACCUAGGGUUAUUUUCCCUGGUACUUUGCACGUGCCUAUGAUCUUUCUUUUAUUCUCUGGUGGGCUGCAUCAAUAGUAAGCUUAUACAUAACAGCAAUGGGUGCUAUGUAUAAUUAUAUCUGUAAUGUGAUAACAAGCAGUUGACAUCAUGUUGGAAAGUUAGGAUAGCUGGUAAAGAUUAAGAUUAGUGAACACAAACGAAAUAGGAAUUUGUGUGUUUUUUUAUUGUGUCUAUGCCACCCUCCAUCACAUUUUGGCUAUUAACUGAUGUCAAUGUCGUUUUGUUUACUCACCUUCCUUCUUGUUCUUCUCAUGGUUAUGAAAAAAAAAUGUGCAUUUAGAGGCAGUACGGGUAAUUAGAACAAAUGGCCUCAGCUUUUUUUUAGUGACUCAUGAGCUGACAUAAGUUGUAACGAUAUUAUCCGACUUUGAACGACUGAUUCUUUCUCUGUUUCGUAUAAUAGCAUGGCAGACUGUUUUGUGUUAAACAAGCUCUGUGGCACACAAGUUAUUUCUUGUUACAUAUAUUUUAGGUGAGCUUGUAAUUUAGAACGCUACUCUCACAAUAGAGCAGUGUAUAAGUUUCAGAAGCUCGGUCUUUUUAUCACUUUUUAGCAUACAAGGCAAAGGGAAAGACAUCUGAAAAUUGUGGUUUCUACUAUUACACUCACCUUUUACCAACAAAAAAAUCCUGAUUAGAUAUCUGAAAUGUGUCUGAUAUCAAAAGGAUGUCUCUCAACAAGUGAUUUUUCAUACAAGGGUUCUUGAGAACACCUCAUAAUUGGAAUCAUUGGCCCACUUUUUUGGCUUCUCUGUUUCGUCAUGCCUACCGGAACAAAAAGAGUUGCCCUGUGUCCACGUGUGACAAUACCCAUCGUACUUAGUUCAUAGUUGGGCCGAGUUUAUUCAUUGGCGUGACCACUAAAUUGCCUAGCAUGACUCUCUGCCAUGGUGCCAAAGGGCCAUGGCAUUGGUUACCGGUACCAUUCUCUGUCAUCAGGGAGUGCCACCAUCCUGCAAACAGUUAGAUUUAUACUUUUACAAAGACUAAGCAAAUUGCCACAAGUUUUGCACGGUUAGCAUUUUUAGGCUCCAAGCUGCAUAUACAGGUAACAGGUAUAAUAUUUGACUCCGAUACUUGUCACAAUAUUUGACUAGGGUGUAGCUAUCAUGUCAAAAAAUGUUGCAAAACUUCGAAGUUCAUACUAGACGCUUCAUUCUAAACUUUUUUCUUUUAGCAUAUCCCAUAAACAGGGCUUAAGGAGUGAUCUAUCAGUAGAUGUUUAUGACAUUGCUAGCAUCCAAGUUCAGUAGCAGUUUUAUAUCUGACUUAAUGAAUAAAUCAACUGCUAAUCUGUUCUAAACUAAAAGUGCAUAUGCAUAUUGCAUUGCUGACCACUGAUGUGCCUUUCCAUACUGGUGAUACAUGUGCAUGCUGUUAAAAAGCUAUGAACUAAAUGUUAACUUAGCCUUUGACAUGCCAAUGAUGUUUUUAAAAUGUGUUGCUGUUCAUUACUUGAAGAAAGAAGGAAGUGUUCUUGUUCUUUUUCUGUGCAAUUUUACCUGUGUGCACUGUUCUUUGUGCAUUUCAUCUAACUAACUUGAUGUUAUUAUUUUUUUUUCUGGAGUAUGAUUGUUAUGCAUCUUUAUGUCUGGUAUUGUGUUUUCGGUGUUGUGAUAAUUUGUUCUCACAAUUAUGUCGAGUGUAUGUUUGUUGUAUGACACUGCCAUUCAAAUUCUGAGGUUGAUAUUCUUAACUGCUCUGCUGUGACGGUGAUUUUAAACACUGGAAAUUUAGGUUUAGGGUCUUCAGUGAGUGUUCUCUGUCAUACUGAUAUGUUGAUAGGCAGCUACAAUGGGGAUUUUUAUUUUAACUUCACUUACGUAAAUGUCAUAAGGGGAAUUAAGGUUCCUAUUUUAACAUUGCUGCUUGGAGGGUUUCAUUUAAACUGUGAUAGCACACGCCGGCAGUGUUUGUACAUGAUAUGAAGCCUGAAUGAGUGUUCCCCCUAGCACACCAGUUUACACAAUUUCUACUCAAUUCUGUACAUUCCUACAUCGACGUCUAGAUAACUGUGUUAUGAAGUGUGUUAUACUGUGUUCUGUGUUGAUUGUUAUCGACGAGCUUUGGGAAGUGACAUAUAUUUAUUAAUAUUGCUGCAACGGUGGCUUGUAUUUAUUGUUUACGAAUGCCUCCUACUCUCAUUGUGUUGCUCCUCUUAAGAGUUCUUUGACCCAGUGCAUAGCAAACACAUGUGGUUUGGUCACUGAUUUUGUCAUUGUUUUGUUCUAUAAAUGGUGGUGCAUAUUGUGUUUACUCAAGUCAUUUCAGACUAUAGCAUCGUGUGUGCCUUAAAGUGCCUUAAACGACUAACAUACAUAUCGUGCAAUUGUUUAUGUGAUGUUUUUCUCUUCAUACUCAUGCUGCGCGCAGCCUUCCUGCCAAACAUGCUAUGCAGUCGAACCUUGAUCUAACAUGGAUGUAAUUAAUUGUCAGCACUUAAUGAUGCAAAACUAAAAUGUUUCUUGCCAGUAUCAAUAUGUAACAGUGGUAUACACCUAUGAUGAACAUUGGGUUUAACAAAGCUAUUUUUGUGUAAGGUGAACGAAACAUUUUCUAUGGCUGAAAACUGAACUGCACAAGGAAGUUACGUUCAGUUUCAGCUAUUCCAGUUAUUUAAAUGGGAAAUGUCUACAAGUCUGCUAGCUAAGGGCUGUUUACCUUUUCAUCGGCAAGAAAUUUCAGUAUGGUGGAAAUCUAGCAUAGGUUUAUUACAACAUGGUUUUGACCUACCGACUUGCCCUGCCAAAAUGUCCUGCAUGUAACUAUUUGAACGUACUGAAUACUCAUUCACACCUCGGUGUGUUGCAAGCAUUCAAUAAAUGAUCUUGCAUGUUUACUAUCUGCAGGUAUGUAUGUAACCAUCUUGCCUUCAUACUUUUGUUUCCUCAUAGACAUAGUAAAGCUAUGUACACCUUGCUAUUUUACUCUCGUUUUGUGUCGGGGACCAUGUGACUAUCCAAAUAAACCUGUUAUUUAUGGUCAG